AGAGGGUUGCCGGGGGGGCCCCACCUCUGGGAGGCUUCUUCAGGCCGGGGUGGGAGUUGGGGGCUGCCAGCUCCCUUGCUUCCAAGCUGGUCACUAAGGAGGGUGUCGGGAAUAGAGCUCGGGGCAUCCAGGCGAGGGUAUCUCCUCCCAGGAGGAAGGGGCCAGAUCCUGAGCUUGGAGAAUGCUGAGUGGGGAUGGCCCAGCGCCGGCCAUGGCAUCCUGGGUAAGCAGAGCCACUGCCUCCCUCCCGUGCCCCUGGGCCUCAGCUUACACAUCUGCUCAUGGGGCCCUUGGGUCCUGCUGGUUUUUCUCCACAGAGAGGAGAGUCAUCCCAAGGCCACCUGACACAAGUCCAGCCUGCAGGGCCCAGGGCUGACCAAAGAGAAAGUAGUCCAGUGGGGUGCAGUUCCUGAACCAAGGUUUCCCGACUGCUAGCCCAGGAGUCUGGUCCCCACAGUGUGACUUCCAUCAUAACAGGGAUCUUUUAAAAACUGCAUUUAUUGUGUUAUAAAAAAGUAAGGCAGGGACUACCCUGGUGGCGCAGUGGUUAAGAAUCCGCUUGCCAAUGCAGGGGACACAGGUUCGAGCCCUGGUCCGGGAAGAUCCCACAUGCCACGGAGCAACUAAGCCCAUGUGCCACAACUACUGAGCCUGCGCUCUAGAGUCCACGGGCCACAACUACUGAGCCCAUGAGCCACAACUACUGAAGCCCGCGCGCCUAGAGCCCGUGCUCCGCAACAAGAGAAGCCACUGCAAUGAGAAGCCUGUGCACCGCAACGAAGAGUAGUAGCUCCCGCUCGCCGCAACUAGAGAAAGCCUGCACGCAGUAAUGGAGACCCAAUGCAACCAAAAAUAAAUAAAUAAAUAAAUAAAUAAAUAAAAUAAAAGUAAGGCAUAUAGGGCACAAACGCACGGGACAGGUUUUCACCAAAAUUGGAAGGUGACUUGGGAAGGCUCUGCUGUGGGGACACAGGUAAUGCACUCAGGGGUGCCCCAGGGAUCACUGCAGGACAGUGAUGGACAGUCGUUAUCAGGGUCUACCACUGGGGCCCCAGGAGGGCCUCCUGUGCCCUAGGGCCUCAGAUUUAGAUUUCAGGUGUCAUUUCUAAAUAAGGAUAAUCAGAGAGACACGGUCAGGCUUGAAAACGUUCUUCACACCGUACCACUUCAGUGCUCCAAAAACCAUUAUUUUUGAUUAAUCCUGCUAUUAGCUUGUGAACAGUCAAACUGUCUUGUAUAGGACCCUUUGCAUGUGUGUUAAAAGCAUUGAUUCGUUCCAAUUCAGUGUUUCAAAUAUGCCCCAGUUUUGAUAAUUAUGUUGAGGUACCAGCGUGCCUUGGAAAUAUUGCAGGUUGGGUUCCAGACCACCUCAAUAAAGCUAAUAUCGCAAUAAAGCGAGUCACAUGAAUUUUUUGGUUCCCUAGUGCAUAUGAAAGUUAUGUUUACAGUAUACUGUAGUCUAUUAAGUGUGCUGUAGCGUUAUGUCUAAAAAAACAGUGUACACCCUGUCAACUGAAAAAAACCCACACAGCUUAAAAGUUGAGAAUUUCGUUUCAUUGGGAGGACAUUCUGACAGCUCGGAGGAAUUGCUCCAAAGCGGUAAGGGAGGAACCAGGAUAUACAGGGAUUUUUGCAACAAAAACCAGGUAGUCAGAACAUUAAAGGAUUACUGUUAAUUAAAGAAAAUCAGACAGCUCAAGUUUAUGAAUUUAGCGCUUUUCUGUGUAUGGGAAGAUGCAAGAGUCUGGGCUCAUUGAAGUAAUUUUUUUGAUAUGCACCUUAACUCUCUAGGGCCAGCAUCCUAUUCUUUCCCAUCCUGAAUCCCCUCAGAGUGCACUGUUGGGUGCAGCUACAAUGGCUGAUGGUUUGACAGCCACAACAUCCUUUGUUCACCAAUAUGGCAGGUGACAUUCUUCCUCCACAUACUUUUUUUUUUUUUUUUUUUUUUUUUUUGCGGUACGCGGGCCCCUCACUGUUGUGGCCUCUCCCGUUGCGGAGCACAGGCUCCGGACGCGCAGGCUCAGCGGCCACGGCUCACGGGCCCAGCCGCUCCGCGGCACGUGGGAUCUUCCCGAACCGGGGCACGAACCUGCGUCCCCUGCAUCGGCGGGCGAACUCUCAACCACUGCGCCACCAGGGAAGCCCCGUCCACAUACUUUAAAAAAUACUUUAUUGUUAGAAAAUGCUAACCAUCAUCUGAGCCUUCUCUGAGUGGUAAUCUUUUUGCAAUAUAAGGUCAACUGAAAAAAUGCACAACCUAAGAGCUGAGUUGUUUCAUUUGGGGAACUUCCUGAGGACUGCAGUCUGGGAAACAGCCUCUCAGAUAGCUCUGAGGAAACAUUCCAAAGAGGUAAGGAAGGAGCCGGGAUAUAUAGGAUUUUUUGUCAGAAAAACAAAAAACAAAAAACAACUUAUAGUCAAACACCAAAAGAUUACUGCUAAUCACAAAAACCAGACAUCUCAAGUCAAUGAUUUUAGUGCUUUCUCUGUGUGGGACGAUGCAAGAGUCUGGGCUUGUUGAAAGUAUUCCUUUGACAGGCAUCUUAGCUAUCUAAGGCCAGUAUCCUAUUAUUCUCCAUCCUGAAUUCCCCUCACGGUGCGAUGCAGGGGGACGGCUGCAGUGGUUGAUGUCUUGAUGGCCACAACAUUUAUUUUUUACUGAAAUAGCGGGCAAUAUUUUUUGUCCACAAAAACAUCAAAGAUCACUCUUCACAGUGGCAAAUAUAAUAUUAAAAGUUUGAAAUAUUGCCAAAAUUACCAAAACAUGACCCAGACAUGAAGCGAACAAAUGCUGUUGGAAAAAUGCUACCAAGAGACUUGCUCCAUGCAGGGUUGCCACAAACCUUCGAUUUGGAAAAAAUGUAUUUGUGAGGAGCAAUAAAACAAGUUAUGCCUGCAUUUCUUCAUUUUUGAAAGUGCUAGGAGCCUCAAAGAGUGGAAAAGUCCCCAGGCCCUGGUAGACUUCUGGGAGGCCCUGCAUCGCUAGAGUUCCUGCAGGCUUUGCUUCCCUCAUGGUACUUGGGAUGAGUUGCUGCAGGGCCACUCUUACUAACAACAGAUGAUGGCUGCUCUCUGCCAGUCUCUGGGAAUCCAGAGAACAGUCAGUAGAAGGGCACAGCUACCCUUUGUGUGGCCUUGACUUUGAGCCCAGCCCUUUCCCUGCUGGCUUCCGUGACUCCCCCCAACAAACUUGUAGGGUAGGAACAAUUAUCUCCAUCUGGUAUAGAGGGGUAGGUAACUUGUCCUACGUCUCACAGUUGGUGGAGGCAAAAGCUCCAAAGACAGGUUUUUACCUCUAAUGCUAUACUCAGGAUACCUGCAUAUGAGGGAUGGGGCAAGGGCCUGUCCCAACCACCGGACGCAUGGGCAUACAAGUCACCUGCUUUCAUUAAACUCUCUGGGCCCUAGGUCCUACCUGUGGCCUUGAAGCAUUGAGGCUAGGUGUAUGGUAGAAGGAUGCCUCUGAGAAAGGCUGAGACCUCUGGAAGCUACUGGCCUGCCAAGUCUCUAGCUGACAGAGCAUCCUGGACUGGGGCCAAACCCAGGCACUGAGUGAAGGGGCCCAGUUCCAUGUCACACUGCUGGCAGGGCUGUAACCCAAUCCUUUUUUUUUUCUUGUUAUUUUUUUUUUAAUACAGCAGGUUCUUAUUAGUUAUCUAUUUUAUACAUAUUAGUAUAUAUAUGUCAAUCCCAAUCUCCCAAUUCACCCCCCUCCCCUUGGUGUCCAUACAUUUGUUCUCUACAUCUGUGUUUCUGUUUUGUAACCCAAUCUUGAGCAGGUAGGAUUUCAGUCCAUUGAUCUCUCUGCGCUCACAUUAAUAUUUUAAGGCUCAGGGCUGAAGUUGGGGUGCCGGGUCUUGAGUGUAGCCUGGGAGGGGGUGGUGAGCACAGCCCAGACAGGGCUGUCCUUCUCCAGCCCUCUAGGGAACUCCCACUGUGCCAAGUGCCUAGGACUUUCUGGGUCAAAGGUGUUUUUGGUGCAGAAGGAUGGGGUUCUCCCACAUUCAGAGGGCGGAGUCCUGGGUCCUGUCCUUACUAGCUGCCUGCCUUGGACAAAUGGUUUUACCUCCUGGUAAACCAUUCUCACCUGAGAGAUGAAGUGCUAAUUACCCUCACCACACUGCUGGCGGUGAAAGUUCAAAGAUGCUGGAUACAGGUAAGGGGCUUGCACAGCGCCUGCUCCCACCAAGUGCUUGACAAGUGGCCCCUCUCUUUUGAGAGGAGGUAGACUCACAAAGCCUUUCCUAGGAACAGGCCUUGCAGCUGGAGCUGGUGGCAGGGCUGGGGCCCCUGGGUGGGUCACUUUGUCCCUUGGGGGAGGCCCCUGGUCUGCCCAGUGGCCCUGGUGACUCCUCUGCCAGGUUCCUCAGGCCAGACCAGAGGAACCAGUCUGCAGGAAUGCCAGAGACUGGAGAGGGACCUCCUAAUCUCCCCCCUCUAAUCUGUCCAAGGAACAUCACCCCACACCGUGUGUCUGCUCCCAGAAUUCAGCAUCAAGGAGCUUUUGGAAAAUUUUUUCCGAUGUCCUAGAAGAAAAGAUUAUACACUUGGAACACUCUCUCCAGCACCAGUGGCUGCCAUAGCAAAUUCCUCUCCAAGCUUUGUCCACCUGUGCACGAAUGAUCACAUUUUGGUCAUCAGAAUGUGCAUUCCAGUUUGCAUUCUUUUCUUACACGACGUCUUCCGAGGCCGAGUUGCUACAAGUGUGUGCAUUAUUCAUUGCCGAAUGCCAGCUGCUGGCCGAGAAGCCACGCCAUGCGGCACGCUGCACGUAACCCUACGGGGUGGGGGGUGCCUGCUCGCCGCACACUUCCUGUACAUCCUCUCGCUCAGCCCUCACUACAACCCUGUGCCCUGCGGAUUAUAACCCCCAUGUUACAGCUGAGGAAACUGAGGCUCAACCCCAAGUCAUACAGUUAGGAAGCGCUGAGCCAGGACUUCGUUUGUUCAGCAAAUACUUCCGAGGGCCUACAAACCUCAGGGCCUGCUGGGCACUGUGAUGGGCAACGAGACACUUAGGUCCCUGCUCUCCUGGAAGUUCCUGUCUGGUGGGGACACAGACAAUACACAACAGAGCAACUAACAAGGGUGAGGGGAGAGGGAGAGGGCGGCGUGGGGUGGGCAGUGUUGCUAGUCCAGAUUGGAGCCGGGACCAGGCAUAGCUGGUUUCCUCACUGCCCAGUACUGCCAAGUCCUCUGGCUGGCACACUGAAGGCACUCGAGAAAUGUGUGGAAAAUGAACCCUGCUUACCAACUUCACUGCUGUCUGAUACACCAACAUCCUUUAUAGCCCAGUCCAGGGCACUAGACAAACAUUUAGGUUAUUUCCAGCUUUCUUCAGUGAGAGAGAACACGGUGAUGGCCGUUUUAUGCACAGGGCUUUUUGCUGCCAAUGACUUCUUGUCUUGAGAAUGGGGUUGCUACCUCAAGGGUCAUGGGCGUAUUUACCCUUCUGGAUUUCUCCUUUGGGUGGGGAUAUGCCUGGCACUUUUCCUGAGCACCUACCGUGUGCUGUAUACAUCAUCACAGAUGACUCUGGAAAGUGGAUAUUAUUAUGCCCCUCGCAGAGGUAAGCAGCCUGAGGCUCCUGACCACCUGGCAGAGAUGCCUUCUCAACUAGCUCAAACACCCCUAAUGAAAAACCUAAUAUUUUAGCAUUACUAUAUGCCAAGCUCCUCAGUCUCUGCUUCGGAGGUGUUGCGUGGAAUUGACCAUCCCGGUGCUAAGGGUGGGCCCUGACUGGCCAGGCCAAGGGUGGGCCAUUGAGAGCUAAGUCCAGGACUUUAGUUUGACUACAGGGGAGGGAAGUUUUGUCCAUAUGGACAUGGUGCUCUUCACACAAAGGAGCCAGGACACCUGCCUUGCUCCUCACCUUAGCCAAGGGGCCUCACCUGAGUUGUUCAGCCUCCUCAGGACUCAGUCUUCAUAUCCAUUAAAUGGAAGCAGUAACAGAUUUUCCAACACUUUUAAUGAGGCAAUUUUUUAUUCCCACAGGGAACUGCGAUCCCAUAAAGGGGUCUGUGGGUUCUAGUAGCCUAAACCAGGCUUGAAAUGACAGAGGCUCAACCCCUACUUCCUGUGCCCCUUCCUCCUGGCGAGGUUUCUGGCCUUCCUCUGAGAUUACCAGGCUGCUGUCACGGGACCGUGGGAUAAAGGCCUGUCACCUGGGCAGACCAUAGACACAGCCCCACCAUCUGAGGGCUGGUAUUUUUAGACAAAGACCUUGGCUCUCUUAUCUAAAUGGCCUGACUGGAGACCUUGAUUUCUCAGCUUUUCCAACAUCCAAUGGGACUCCUACUCCGCCCCCUCCUCAAUGCUGGAUGGCUCCCAGCUCCCUCCAGUUCAAUGUCCAGGCCCACCUCCACAGCUGCCUUGACAAAAGCCCCCUUUCAUCAUAAUCCUUUUGUUCAAUGAGCGCAUUUUUCUUGGAGCAAGUUCAGCCAAGUGCACACUGCUAAAAAGCGAUGUUUUCUUCCCGAAGACUGUGAAAUCCCCACAUAGAAGCCAUUUCCUGCAUGCCAGGCGCUGAAUUUCCUAAGCAGCCAGGGAACCCUCUUGUCCCAGCUCAUGCCCGGUAAAAACAGGAUCUGUAAUUUUAAAAUUUAUCCGUACUCCAAUUGCUUUCGGAAAGGACUGGGGCGGCGGGGUGAGAGAGGAGUGAGGGACCUGGGGCAGUUAAUGGGGUACAUGUGGUAAAUGGGAGCAGGGGCCCUUGCCUCCCCUCCGCGGGCAAAAGUGCGUUAGUCACAGUCACGGGGCUGCCUCCAGGGUGGGGGCGGGCGGGGCGGCACCCGCAAAGCCAGCAGCCCCGUGGCACUCACCUUUGGCCCAGUGCUCAGGGCGGCUGCGGUGAUGCCGCUCCGCCCGCCCCGAGCCUCUAGGCCCUGGCAUACUCAGCACCACGGACAGGGAAACUGAGGCUGCAGGAGACUUCAGAGGGCUCCGCGGCCAGCUGUGUGGCCUUGAACCAGUCGCCUCUUCCCCCUUUCGGGCCUCGGUUUGUGACCCGGGGACAAUAAUUUCUCAGGCUCCAGCUUGGACGGGGCGUGGCCGCGCCUCGCAGGGAGCUGAGCCGGCGCUGGGAAGUGUUAUGAAAACACACGUACGGAGCUGCAGAAGGAGGUGCCUCGCCCCAAGGUCAUGCGGAAAGAGAAGCCAGCCUCCAGGGACCGGCUUCCUAACUGCCCGCUGCCAGGCCCCGGCCUCUGAUAUCCUGCAGGAUUCGAGGGGUCAAGCAAAGUUUCAGCCACCAAAGCCAAGUUCUGGCUCCCCCGAGGCUCAGGGCUCCCCGCGCAGCCCCCGCCCGCUCUCGGGGAGCCCCCAAGCCCCCAAGCCCCCAAGCCUCGCUAGCUUUCUCCAUCCUCGCGACACCGGGAACCGGCUCGACGCUCCGCCCCCCUCGAGGCCCCGCCUCCCGCGGCCGCAGGAAACGAGACGGGGUGGAGGAGGCCGUGUGCUGCCGCAGCCAAUGGGGAGGCGGCGUGGCGAGGGCGGAGGCGGUUGUGAUGCGCCGGGCCGACGGACGGCGGCCAAUCAGCGGCGAGCGCGAGGGCGGGCUGUGACGCGGACGGCGCUCCUCGUGCGGCGGCGGUAUAGGAGCGAGCGCCACGGCCAGCAGGACCAGCCGAGCGCCGCCGCCGCCCGCUGCUUGCCGCCUCCACGCCGCCGCCGCCCCGCGCCCGCCCGCCGCGCCCCCAACCGCCGCCGCCCCCGGCCUGCCCGUCAGCGAGCGGGCGAGCGGCCUCCGCGCCCGGUCUCCGUGAGGGGGGCGUCCAGCCGGACCCUGAGCCUCGCCCUCUCGCGUUGCGGCCGACCGCGCCUCCUCGGCCGCCUGCCAGGCAUGAAGACCAAGUUCUGCAACGGGGGCGAGGCGGAGCCCUCGCCGCUCGGGCUGCUGCUGAGCUGCGGUAGCGGCAGCGGCAGCGCGGCCCCGGCGCCCGGCGUGGGGCAGCAGCGCGACGCCGCCAGUGACCUCGAGCCCAAGCAGCUGGGCGGGCGGCAGCCGCAGCUCGCGCUGCCCCCGCCGCCGCCGCCGCCGCUGCCGCUGCCCCCGCCGCCGCCGGCCGACGAUCAGCCCGAGCCCAGGACGCGGCGCAGGGCCUAUCUGUGGUGCAAGGAGUUCCUGUCCGGAGCCUGGCGGGGCCUUCGCGAGGACCAGUUCCACAUCAGUGUCAUCAGAGGUGGCCUCAGUAACAUGCUGUUCCAGUGCUCCUUACCCGACACUCUGGCCACCGUUGGUGACGAGCCUCGGAAGGUGCUCCUGCGGCUGUAUGGCGCAAUUCUAAAGAUGCGGUCCUGUAAUAAGGAGGGAUCCGAACAAGCUCAGAAAGACAAUGAAUUUCAAGGCGCCGAGGCCAUGGUUCUGGAGAGCGUUAUGUUUGCCAUCCUCGCAGAGAGGUCGCUGGGGCCAAAGCUCUUUGGCAUCUUCCCCCAAGGCCGCCUGGAGCAGUUUAUCCCGAGCCGGCGAUUAGACACUGAAGAAUUAAGUUUGCCAGAUAUUUCUGCAGAAAUAGCUGAGAAAAUGGCCAGAUUUCAUGGUAUGAAAAUGCCAUUCAAUAAGGAACCAAAAUGGCUUUUUGGAACAAUGGAAAAAUACCUGAAUCAAGUGCUGAGAAUUAAAUUUACCGGGGACUCCAAAGUUAAGCAGCUCCACAAAUUCCUCGGUUACAACCUGCCUUUGGAACUAGAAAACCUGAGAUUAUUACUUGAAUCCACUCCAUCUCCAGUCGUGUUUUGUCACAAUGACUGUCAGGAAGGUAAUAUCUUAUUGCUGGAAGGCAGGGAGAAUUCUGAAAACCAGAAACUGAUGCUCAUCGACUUUGAAUACAGCAGUUACAACUACAGGGGAUUCGACAUUGGGAAUCAUUUCUGUGAAUGGAUGUACGAUUAUAAUUAUGAAAAGUAUCCUUUUUUCAGAGCAAACAUCCUGAAGUAUCCCACCAGGAAGCAACAGCUCCAUUUCAUUUCCAAUUACUUGGCUGCAUUCCAAAAUGAAUUUGAAAACCUCAGUAAUGAAGAAAAGUCCGUUAUAGAAGAAGAAAUGUUGCUUGAAGUCAAUAGGUUUGCCCUUGCGUCCCAUUUCUUCUGGGGACUUUGGUCCAUCGUACAGGCCAAGAUUUCAUCCAUUGAAUUUGGGUACAUGGAGUAUGCCCAAGCCAGGUUCGACGCCUAUUUCGACCAGAAGAGGAAGCUUGGGGUGUGACUGGGGAGGCCUGCCUGCGCUGCCUCCCUGGACUGCGCGGGGGCGGCCAAGCCCGAGCGUCCCUCUGUGCUCCGACUACUGUACCUGCAGCAAGAAGGCUCGGACGUCUCGCUGCCGAACACAGAUGUGUGUGAUGCGAAAGACUGUAUUAAAAUUGAGGAACAUUUAUGUCAUACCUCGUUUACGAUUUCACUAGGACUCUGACCUGAGAUCAGGAAGCAGAAUUAUAGUGCACUAGUGCAAUAGUGCAACAUCUCAGACCCCCUUAAUCUAGAGAAGGCAUUUUCUACUUCAGUCAGGUGGGGCAAACAGCAAGAGUAAGCAGUGUCACUGCAGGUGCCUUUUUGGUUAAUGUUGCUCUUUCAAGGAUGUUAAUGACCGCGCUGGUCAACAGUGCUGACCGGGCUUCCCGUGGGUAACGGGUGUGUGGGGCGGCGAGUGGGCGGCGACACUGCCGAUGCCCCGCGGCCUGACCGGGGUCCUGGGAGACGCAGACCGGCCCCGAGGUGCGGGGUGCCCGGAGGCGGGGGUGACUGGCCGCCCGCCGCCCGCUCCCUGUCGUCCGUCCGCGUUUCCCUCUGCCGGUGAAUCUCGGAUGAAUCUCACCCUAACUGGAUGCAGCCCCGCCACGCCCUCUAACUGAAAGUGCUUUACUAACCCUGGCCCUGGGGCAGGCAGUGGGCGUGGCCACAGAGGGCCAGCGGGCUGCACGGGGACAUGUGGACACACAUGCCCCCCCGCCCCCGGCCCAGUCGGCUUUCCUGGCAGGGAGCGGGCUGCUUUGUCCCACACUCUGCAGCCUUUUCCCCGCCACCUCUGCUCAGCCUGGAGCUGGGCUCUUGUGACAGGGCCGGCUGCCCGCCCCCAGGCAUGGUCGUGCCCCAGGGAAGCCUCCUGCCGCCCCGGUGCUGGGCUGCGGGCGGGAAGCCUUGCCCUCACUGCUCCCCGGUGUACCUCAUGUGGUCGUUCUGGUGGGAAACCGCAGCCCGUAUGUGGAGUAUAGGGGCGGGGAUAGAGUAUAGCUGUGAAAUCCGUAUGUAUUAAAAGUCCUUUGGGAUAAAUUCUUUUUUUUUUUUUUUUCCACUCUGAACUCUUAUUUGAAUUGUUUUUUGUGCAUACAUUCCUGCUACCACAAAGACUGUACUAUACAAACAAUAAAAAAGGUAAAAGCCCAUCAUCCUCUGCUGUCACCCUCGGAUGCAUCCCUAGUCUCGGGGAGGUCUCCGGUGCGUCCACCCGGCUCCGGAGGCAAAGCCCUUGGGCAGGAGGAGGGAGGGGAACACUGGGCUGUCCGGGAGGUAACUGAACGGCUGGGCCAGGGCAGGAGGGAGACUUUCCACUGCCCGGCCUUCUAGACACCGAAAGUCUUAACCAGGUGAGUGUGUUAU